UGACCGCGCGCGCUUCUCCGAAGUGCUGAUGGCGUGACCGCAGUAAGGCAGCCGGAGAGUGCAGCUCGGCUUAAACGUGCACUCGUCAUUUGGGGUGGAGAGACAUUGGAUGUGUGAAGCUCUCCACAGCUCUAACACAUCAUCUCAGAAGGAAAACCGGCUACUCUAGGGGACGUUCACAGCUUGGUCCACAGAUGCGUGACCUGCAUAAUAAUUCGUCGUUUCUGCGUCUCAUUCUGAGCGGAAUAUAAGGAGACGUUGCAUCUCGUCGGGUGGCUGUGGAGUCACAUACGGAACAACCUCCAGAUCCUCCGAUGAAUAGGUCCAUCGGUCACUCAUCUAGGAAACUAUGCAGCCGGACCACUUGAUGCAUUAUUAUUGCGACUGCCUUACAUAACGAGGCUUGGUGGGGGAUCCCGAAGAAACUGCUGCGCUUGGCUGAUUUGUGGCAGCAAGGGAAACGCAAGUAAAAAAAAAAAGACCAACAUUAAGCUAUACUAGCUAAUAUGAUUCGCCAAUCCACUGAUUCCUGGCACCAGUGAAAAGGUGAAGAUGAAUGGGAGCCAGAGGCUGGGAGGCGAGACCUUCAUGGUGGAGGCUGACGUCAUUCUUCACACUGUAAACUCUGACCUUGCCUCCCUCUCAGGCAUAGAUAGGAAAACAUGUCCGGCUCUGAUGAAGAAGGACAACGCCGUCCCUGUUAUCGGGGAAUUCCUGCAGUGCAAUCAGCCUCUCGAUUCAGAUGCUCCGGCCACAUUCGAGAGAGAGUACCUAUUGGACGGCAAAAUGACCUUCGACGAUCAGACGGGGGACAGCUUGAACGUUGCAAAGGAUCAACAGUUCCAGAUGUCAAACCAUAAGGCGGGUCUUGAAAUGAGGGAUGCCGUUAUAGUGAAGAACCUCAAUGGUAAAAUGGGCAAUGGUGACAACCACGGUGACGUCGUCAAGGCAGACAUUUCCCACGCUGGGGAUUCCUCUGUGUGCUUCCUGGACCCCGAAGCCCGAGAGGAAGCAGAUGGAAGUGCAUCAGCGAGUGCAGAGGCUUCUCAAAGAGGACAGUGUGAGAUAGACACAGGCCAGGGACAGGCUGUGCCUGACACUCAUUGUAUUACCACUGGCAGCCAGCCAGGGCUAGCGGAGCCGGUACGCUCUUCCAUUCCCGGAUCCAGUGCGUCUCACCUACCCGGCGAAGACAAUCCGGGGGGAUGUUCCGGGGACAGUUGGAGCCUCGGGCACCGGGAAAGCGGCCCAGGGGCAGAGAAUCCCCUGGCUGCGAAGGAACCCGAUUUGGUCAUUGAAGUCGGCGGGCAGAAAAUAAACGCUCACAAGGAGAUCCUGGCGGAGAAGAGUGACUACUUCAAAGCCAGGCUCUCGCGGGACAUCCUCAAAGUGAAGGGGCUGAGCUACAAGACGCUGUCCGUGCUGAUAGACUACAUCUACACCUCCCGGAUGAGCGUGAGCAAGGACACCGUGGUGGACGUCAUCACGGGCGCCAAGAUCCUGCAGGUGCCCUGCGCCGUGCAGGCGGCCGUGGACUCCAUGUCGGAGCAGCUCACCGCCGAGAACUGCUACGAGGUGCUGAGCAUCGCCAAGAAGCAGCGCCUCAGCGAGCUCAAGGAGACCGCCUACCGCUUCAUGAGCGACCACUUCCUGCGGGUCCUGCGGGACCCCUCCGUGUACGGCCGCCUGACGGGCUCCGAGAGGGACCUCAUCCUGAGGAAGAGGACCGAGGGCCGGCCGACGCUGAUGGUGGCCGAGGUCAACGACGUGUUCGACCGCGUGGGGGGCAGCAGGCCGGCCAGCCGUUGCAGCAGCCGUCCGCAGAGCCCCCUGUCGACGGCGUCGUUCGAGGAGGGCCACGCGAUGUACUACUACAACGAGACGGCCGGCGACUGGCGGGCCCUGACCGCCAUGCCCGAGGACAUCAACACCAAGGGCUGCGGGAUGUGCACCAUGUACAACUACCUGUUUGUGGCCGGCGGGAUCAAGGGCUACGGAGAGCGGGGGAAAGUGUCCGACCGGGUCUUCUACUACAACCCCGUCGACGACCGCUGGACGGAGGUGCGCCCCCUGAACCAGGCCCGUGCCCAGCUCAAGCUGGUGUCCAUGGACGGCCACCUGUACGCCAUCGGAGGGGAGUGCCUGUUCACCGUGGAGCGAUACGACCCGCGCACCGACCGCUGGACCACCGUGGCGCCCCUGCCCAAGGGGGCGUUCGCCGUGGCGCACGAGGCCACCACGUGCAACGGGGAGCUGUACGUCUCCGGGGGCUCCCUCUUCUACCGCCUGCUCAAGUACGAGCCCAAGCGGGACGAGUGGCAGGAGUGCCCCUACAACAGCAGCCGCAAGAGGUCCUCCGACAUGGUGGCCCUGAAGAGCUUUAUCUACCGCUUCGACGUGCACCGCGAGCAGGGCGUCGACGUGUUCAAGUACAACACCAUCGUCAAGAUGUGGCAGGACUGCGCGUCCCAGAGUCUGGGCGGCGUCUCGCCCUUCCGCUGCGCGGUGAUCGGGAACUGCAUCUACUGCGUCAACAAGAGCCAGACGCUGCAGUUCGUGGUGGAGGAGGAGGGCGCCCACUUUGUGGAGGAGGCGCUGCGGCCCCCGCUGGAGGCUAAAGGGGUACUGUUUCCCUUCGUGCUUAGUUUGCCUGAGAAGCACGAGGCGGUGGCGUAGUGGGGGCACGGGCUCCAGAACAAUGGCGUGUCUCGGAGCAGGACUGGAAAAGGGCGACGGCCAACCCCUUUGAUUCAGUAUCAGCGUUAUAUAUUUCAUUGUGUCCAAUGUACCUGCUUGAAGUGGAAUGUGUGUAUUUGCAUGGCAAAGUCAUGUGUCUACAGGGGCCAGCCUUAAGAAAAGGGACAAAAGUUAACUUUCAGUGUUGAAUGAAUGGACACAGCAACACAGCUGUAGAUAAUUACAUGAUGGAACUGACCUUAGGUGGUUGUGGAUUUUCUAUGUUCACCUUUGUUUUUGCGCACUUUUUAAAAUUCAGUUAGCAGAGAUAUUGUCAAGGACGUAUUUAAUUGUUGAUAAUGAAGAACUAUUUUAAACGUGUUGGCUCCAUCACGCCUGGACAAAGCUCUUAUCUAGACUUGUAACAAGUUUUUUAUUCCAAUCCAAAUCAAUUGGUGAUAAGGCCACAGUAUAAACCACUGACUGCAACAGUUGGUGGGAACCCAGAAGCCUCAUCUCGACUGCCUUUGAACUGCUAUCACAGUGUCUAUUAAACGGCUACUACAGAUGUUAAUAAACACAUGAUGCUACCCAUGUAGAUUUCCAGAACAUUGAUUCUGCUUAAUGUUCAUGUUAGAAACCCUCUUGACUUGAGGUCACCAUUGUUGUGAUGUAAAGCUUAACACGAAGAAGCAAAAUAAGCAUUUGCCAUUUGGAUAUUUGUUGUGAUUGGAAAACUGUGAACAAAUGAUUGGCUUAUUACAAAGGGAAACGUGUGUGUAUAUGGAUUUCAGACACUAUUUGGGUUGUUACUACAAACUUGGUUUAAAGUGAUUAUGUUUGCCACGUUCUCCAAAGAAUAAAAUAGGACUUAAAUGAGAUUAAAAGAGCACUAUGUAUCUUACAGAUAUUUUUGAUAUGCAUUGUGUUUAUCAGAUAGCAUAUGAAAAGCACUCCUGUGACUUACACACUAUAAUCCCAUCCAGAAUCAAGCAAAAGCUUUGGUUUCCAAUAGGAGGGCAUCCUAUCUGCCCUAAAAGCACUAUGAGGGAAGUUCAAAAUAACCUAUGCACAAAGGCACUUCUGACCGUCUUGUGAAUCAAUUGAUCCAUGGAAGAUCACAUGUCACAGUAAUGACAAGAUAAGAUAAUUCCUAAGAAAUAUUUUAUUUUCUAUAUAUGCCACAACACAAUUAACUGCAUAUCAUGUUGAGUUCUGACAAUAUUUGUUGCCAUUGCAAUAAACUAUCAGUGUGAGUUUGGAUUUUCCCCAUCAGGAAAGAAAUGCUUUUAGUUAUGCUUUACAAUGUUUCAGAGCAUUCACUGUGAAAAUGUAUGUGUUUGGAAUGCUUCUUUAGUAUCUCCCUGGAAUCAAUAUUUUUUGAAUAUUUUUUGACUGAAUGCAGCUUUUUGUGAUGAUGGUACAAUGAUGCGAUGCUAGUUGAAAAGCUUUCUGUCCAAGUCAUUUUUAUCAAGCUUAAAGUUAACUAACUGUUGGAUGCCGUCCAAACUAAGUGCUUCAAAUAAACCAUUUUGUGGUUGAACAUUUGAUGAAAGGUAGACUAAUUUCCCUUCAAAAAUGCUAAAAUGUAUCUCGACUACUUAUUAUCUCUUGCUUAAACCCAUGAUGCUUUGAAGUGGUCAAAUUAAGACCCUGGGAGAACAGUACAACCCAUGCAGGGGCGGUCUCCAUGGAAACCUCAUGUAAUGUAGGAAACGUUACAAUGUCAUGGGAAUUGUCACUUCCGAACAAAUCAAAGCCAAUUUGAGAGCUGUUGCUUUUCAGUUCUGAGUCCCCUUAUCUAAAGUGUCAUCUUACCUUAAAAGCCUUGCAGUGGGCAACGCCAUCCGGCCCUGAAUGACCCAUAAUUGGUCAGCAGCUACAAACAGGGAGCCAAUUAAUCUAACACAUGUCACACGUAACAUGUGUUUAAUUACAUAAUGUAUACACCAUAACACAUUACAAAUACAAUAUAUUAUACUGCUAAUACAUCAUAGAAAAACUUCCAAACAGUAUACUAACAUGUGUUUACUUAUACUUAAUACAAUAUCUCAUGCAUUAGAGAAUAUCUUUAAUACUAGUAUACAAACAGCAUGUAUAGCAUACGUAACAUACGUGAUCACCAACUUUUCUUUUCACCAUUUCUGUCCAAUUUCUCCAAUCUCUUCCAAUUGGCAAACAACAUUUUGGUCCAAAGAAUAAUGCGCUAACAUGAUUCUAAGCAAAUAAUCCUGCACAUGUUUUGCUAUAUUCGUGAAAAUUUCUACAGAUGUAAUAGUCAGAUUAAAUAUAAUUCCUUGGCACAAGGCAAACAAAAAUAGCUUGCGAUUUUAACAUUUCUAUAGCUAUGGUAUGGCUCACAGGUACCUGUUUCAGGUAAACUCUAAGGUGCUAACUAUUACAAGAUUCUUACCUUAGGAUGGGUUUUUAUUCUAUUCAUGCCCGAACCCAAUACACAAUUGAAUCACAUGUGGACGUCUGGCAAAAUCUGUUAUAAAAUCUACUAUUGCAAUAGACUCAUAUCAGUGGGAGUUAUGUUAGGCCAUAGUGAAAUGCUUUACAAAAAAAGCAAGAGGUGCCAAGAAUAACACCAUUAAUAGAGAAUAAAAUCCCUCAAUUGAUUGUAUCAUGGAUCUUUUAUAAACAUUCUAGUUCAGCUAUAUAUUUAAAAAAAAUGAGUAAAUAACUGCAGUUCAAAAGUUACAUAGUGCAGUUUUACCAUUGCGCUACACCUGUGAAUGGUCUGCUGCCAUCAAGUGGUCCACGAGUGUAAACUCUAGGGACGCUGCGGCACAUCCUUGUCAAUCACACUUUUAAGGUAUGCAACUGCUUUUUUCAUCUUAUUUAGCUGAAAAGUGGAUUAUCCAACAUCUACAGAUCCAAAGUCAAACCUUUUCUUGAGCUAUCUCAUAAACCAACAACAUGUAACCCCUUCACUGAUUACUCAAUGUGCAACAGGUGUGCAGCCUCACCCAGCACCAGAGACCAAUCAGUCUGACCCUGGCCAGGUGAGGCUGGUUAAACCCACCAUCAUCCACACACACUCCCCAAAUGACUGGUACAGGAAGUUUGGUUUUCAUUGUCCUUAUUGUAUGGACACCCCCUAUGCAAAGGCCGGUCUGGCAGCUGAUGGCGUUGACAGUUUGGAGGAAGCACAAUAGGGUACUGGCAUUCGCCAUCCGCCCCCGUCAGGUCAAAGGUCAGCACGGCCCGCAGGAUGCAGAUGCAUGCGUCAGUGAUUCCCAGGAGCACUCCGAAGACGAUGUGGGAGCCGUAGGGCCUCCAUCCGGGGUCGGGUUGACAAGAGGAGGUAUCGGAGGCGGUCCAUGUGGCUGGUCGGAGGAAGGUCGACUGCAAGGGU